CUUGAGUCGCAGUCUUGGUCCAACCACCGUCGAGACCACAGCAGCAGAGUAUUUAGUCCCUCUCCGUAUUAUUUUUUCAAAAUAAAAGUGUUGCCCGCAAGCUAUAUUCCAACAUCUGAGCAGCCAACAACAACCGUGUGUGUGUGUGUGUGUGUUGACUUUGUGUGAUAGUUGUUGUUUUGAGCAGAGGGGUUUCAGUUACUGUUUUUAUAAUCGGUUAUCGUCUAGCUACAAGUGAUUCGACAUAUUUUAGUUCAGUUUUCCCGAUCAAAUUUUUGGGUUGAAAUUAUAAAAACCGGAAGAUUUGAUUUACACACGGCGGCGUCAUUAUGGAGGAGAUGAGUUCGGCGGCCGCCAGCCAAUGGAAUAACAUGAACAAUAACGACUCGUUAAUUACUACGGCGGAUGUCUAUAACGAGAGCGUCACAUCCGCUCAUCAUCCAAUCCGCUACCCGCGUGAAGCUUCCUACUUUGCGGCCGCCUGCGCCAUCCUCUUCGUCUUCAUCGGCAUCGGAGGUAAUUCGCUAACGGUGGCGGCGUUGGUGCGUAGUCGUAAAUUGCGGUCGCACGCCACGACGGCGUUCGUCCUGAGUCUGGCCGGCUCCGACCUCCUCUUCUGCGCCUUCAACCUGCCGCUGACGGCCUCGCGCUACAUCUACGAGUCGUGGAUCCUGGGCGACACGCUCUGUCGUCUAUUUCCCUUCUUCUUCUACGGAAAUGUGGCAGCCUCUCUCUUCAGCAUGGUCCUCAUCACCAUCAAUCGGUAUAUUCUGAUAGCUUCGCCGUCUUGGUACGACAAGAUCUACCGGCGCCCGCUGAUCGUCUUGAUGAUCCUCGGCUCGUGGCUCUUCAGCUUCCUGAUGAUGACGCCACCGCUGCUGGGCAUCUGGGGCGACCUGGGCCUCAAUCCCGCCACUUUCUCCUGCACCAUCCUGCCGGGGGAGAAUGGCAAGUCGCCGAAAAAGUUCUUUUUCGCUUUCGGCUUUCUCAUCCCCUGUCUGACCAUCAUCGUCUCCUACACGUGCAUCUUCGUCAAAGUCAAACAGUCCAGACGCAACGUCAUGGCCCACAGCCCCGGAACGAGUGGUGGCAACAACAGAGCGGAAGAGCAUCAGGCCAAUGUUCCGGUGAUGAAAUCGGUGAAUAAAAAGCCGGGCAAGAAGAGCACGUCGGAGAAGCACCAGAGACGGGAUGACCUGCGACUCACCCGUAUGAUGCUUAUCAUCUUUUGCUGCUUCCUCCUCUGCUUCCUGCCGCUCAUGGUGGUCAACGUGGCCGACGACGAGAAAAAGACAAAAGUGCCAGUCAUUCACGUGAUGGCCUCCAUCCUGGCCUGGGCGUCCAGUGUCAUCAACCCGUUCAUCUACGCGUUUUCCAACCGGCAGUACCGAUCGGCCUACCGCCAGCUCCUCUGCGGAUCUUCGCGCUCGGCCCGGCUGACCUCGCAGACUCAAACGUCGCGCUCUUCCGGCCGCACUUUCCUCACCGACAUGCUCCAUUACACGGCUCACGCCGAAAAGGUCAAAGUCAUCCGAUCCACCACCAACACGACGACCAACAAUGCCAACCACAAAGAAGAUGGCGAUCAGCAGCUGGCCAGGGCUUGAAAUGAACGAAUAAAAUGCGCAAUCUAGACAUUUCCGCCAUUUUAAAAAUUAAUUAAAUUGGCCAGGGAAAAUCACAAAAUUUGAACCCAGUGUACAUAUGCGUUGUUCUCUCUUUCAUUUGUUUAGAUGUAGAACAGAAUGGGAAUUUUUUCUUUUUUAAAAUAUUUCUGCGCGAUUUUUUGCUAUCGACUUUUGUUUGUUUUUUAAAUCCAAUGCGGAAAUUUUUGAAUUUUUUUUUUGUUUGGUGGGAAAAAUUGCCGAAAUGUCAUUGAGAUGUCGCAUGAAAUUAUUACCAUGUCUUUUAUACUACAUGUAUUCUCCUGGCAGAGAAAGAAGCCGCCGACGGGCGAGAGAACUUCAUUUACAUUUUUAGCACAUCAUAUCGAAAAGCAGACAACAAAAAGAAAAGAAAAAAAGAAAUAUGAAAGAUAGAAAAAUUUUCAAAAAAGACAAGUUUGUGUGUGUGUGUUUUUUUUUAAAUAUUUCUUGUGUCUUGUACGCACGGUUCCUCGUAAAUGAUGUUGUAUACACAUUUCAUGUAACUUCA